GUCGACAAAUUAUUUGAUUCUUAAAUGUUAAAUUAUGUAAUUAAUCACAUCGGUCAACAAUCUUUAUAAGAUAUCCAUAUUCUCAUCGGCAUUGAAGAUAGACCUCUUGGAAUCAUUCUUACUUUCAAGUAUUAUUGCUCAAACAGUAAUUCAGUGUUCAUUGUGACUUUUCAUUCGAUUUUCGCAUGUCCAACCCGCGGGAUGAUUUGGAAUUUUCCGACCAUUUCUGUUAUAGUUAUUGUGAAUAUUUUAAUUCCUUCCUCCGGAACGUCGCUUGUGACAUUGAAUUUUUACAACGAUACGAGGACCGUCAAAUAUAUUCUCAACGAUACUAACUUGGCAAAUCUACCAUUUAAGUUCAUUGACAGAGACAUCCUGCGGAAGGCCAUCUUUAGGGCCGAAAGGGGUUUAUCCGUUUCCCGUACCUGUAUCAAUGGGAACAAGAACUACAAAACCGUCGAUGAGCAAGAGGAAAAAUUCUCAUAUUUCCGUGAGGAUGUUGCUUUGAAUCUACACCACUCUAUCUGGCAUAUCAUCCACCCGAUUGACCCCCGCCACAUCAGUUCUUUGGUUCCAACACACUCGGAUAGGCGAGGGGAAUUAUUCGGUUACAUGCAUUCCCAACUUUUGGCUCGCUACAACUUUGCACGUAUCAAUGAACGUAUGUCAGAAGUAUUUCCUUUGGAGGAUCUGCGGGACAGACUCCCUGGAUUUUACACUCCCAUGGUCGAUCAUUCACGAGGAGUCCCUUACAUCGCAAGAGAGGAGGGAGCCGUGAUCAAGGAUUUCAUUUAUGAUGAAACCGACGGGACGAGAAGUAAAGUGACUGUCGAACAAUUGCAGCUUUACAUAGAACGAAUACAAAAUUCCAUCAAAAGCAAUACUAUAAACAUAAAUGGAACUGAAAUAAGAGUGUCAAAUAACACCUACAUUGACAUUUUAGGUAAUAUCGUUGAAGCCUGCAGCAAAACUGUAAACCGUGGAUAUUAUGGUAACUUACAUAACUAUAUUCAUGGAGCAAUAUCUUUCGCUAGUGGUCCUGAUAGAAUUAAACAGAAAGGUAAGGGUGUCAUUGGUGAUACGAAUACUGCUGUGCGUGAUCCUAUCUUUUACCGAUUGCAUGCCACAACUGAAAGGCUCUUUCGUCAGCAUAAGGACCUUCUCUUACCUUACAGCGUAGAAGAGCUUUCGUUUGAUGGUGUCUUCUUAACCGACGUAAUUAUCAAGCCUGCUCAGGUCAAUCACAGAAUUUCCAAGUCUUUCGGGGAUAAUGUACUCGUCACUUUUUGGGAAGAAAGCAUCAUCGAUAUAACCAAGGGAAUGUCCUUUGGGCCUACGUUUCCCAUAAACGUAUGCCAUCGGCAUUUGCAGCAUGUGCCAUUCAGUUACGAAAUCACUGUGGAGAAUUAUACCGGUAAACCGUUGAAGGGAACGGCAAGAAUUUUUAUGGCACCUACAAAUGACGGAAUGGAUACAUACUUAAAUUUCGAAAAACAACGUAAACUUUUUGUAGAAAUGGACAAGUUCGUGGUCAACUUGAAACCAGGCGUGAAUUAUAUCAAAAGAGAAUCAUUAACAUCCACAGUUGCGAGUCCUGCAAAUUUAACGUUACAUUUCCCUCCGAAUCCGUCAAUGGAGUGGACGGCUGAACAAAAGCUUGAACUUACGAGAGUCGUUUACAGGGGCUGCGGAUGGCCGCAUCACCUUUUGAUACCGAAAGGAAGGUCGGACGGCCUAGGCGCUCAUCUUUUCGUGAUGAUCUCAGAUUAUGGUAGAGACAAGGUGAAAGAGUUGGCUGAUGUAGACCAUGAAUCUGGGAAUAGCCUGUGUGGUUUAAACGGGAAACUAUAUCCAGACCGACGGCCAAUGGGGUUUCCGUUUGAUCGGAGGGCAAAAGCUUAUGACAUAUUUGAUUUUCUGACUCCUAAUAUGAUUGUUAAGAUCGUAAAUAUAACUCAUGUUGAAUAAUGAAGAGCCAAGUCCGAUAAACUUGAAUUCAUGAGGUAGCUUUAGCCUUUUUCCAAAGCUGUUUUGGAAAAAUAAUCCGUGUCACUGCAUACGGAAAGAAGCUUUGGAAAGAACAGGCAUGAUCUGAAUCAAGCCAAAAUUCAACUGUAAAGUAAAAUACCACUCACGCAGACGCAGAGUGAAUGCAUCAUUGUUAGGCCAUCCGGGAAAUAUUGUAACGAAUCUUUUUUCCCCUUCAAUCUUCCCGAAAGGAUUAUUAGUCGUCGUUUUCGGUUCGGGAUCGGGAAAUAUUUUUUAUGUGUUUACACACUAACCGUGUUUCACCAUGACUUAUCUAUCAUCAUAAAAAAACUCUCCAGCCCCCAGAUCAGAUUAUCGAUGAAAAUGCAUAUAAUCAGUGCAAAUUGCAGCUGACAGAAUUGAAGGAGCUUUUAAUACGCUAUGUAAAUGAUAACACGGUCUCAUAAUAUUGAUCCUUGUGCAAUGACUAACAGCGAUUUUUCGAACACAAAUGAAAUAGGAUUAGGAGUAAGUUUUCCUCCUCAAAAUUUAUGAUUUUCUGGCUUUUAAUUAAUACGCACCUUGACAGUGAAAGAGGGAGGAGAGAGACCAUCAAGUGGUAGCAAAAAAAAUUGUCCCAGUGAUUGAUGGAUCUAAGUACAAACUCAUUUUUCGUACCUUCUUUCAAAAAAGGAAAAAAUCUUGAAAGCUUAAUACUUCCAAAAUUUGGACUCUUUUUCUCCAAACCUCAUAGCUCGGGACGAGGGAAUAAUUUUUAUCUCAACCGUCUCAAAAUAAACUUAAAAUGCUCAUAAA